AUGUCUAGCAAACAAGUACCAUAUGUCACAUUAGAUGUGUUCACAUCGCAAAGAUUCAAAGGCAACCCUCUCGCCAUCGUGAAGCUCGACGACGUCAAGUUGUCGCAAGAGCAAAAGCAACGUAUCGCGAAGGAAUUCAACUUCUCUGAGACUGUGUUCCUACACGCCGUCAUCAGUAAUGAAGCCCCUCGGGUGGAUAUCUUCACUCCCGUUAACGAGAUGGAGUUCGCCGGCCAUCCGAUCCUCGGCGCUGGUCAUUUCCUUUUCCGGCGGUUGCGGGGCGAUACUCCCUCGAACCGUCUUACAGUAAUGACCAAAGCCGGAGCCGUGGGGAUAUCAUUUGAUCCAGCUAGCGAGAUUGUGUCCGCGGAAGUCCCUCACAAUAUCCAUAUCCACCAGCAAGGCGCGGCACUGAGUCAUAUAGUUCCUGUCCAAGCUAGCUUCAGGGCAGCUUUGGAUUUGAAGGGUAUAGAACUGUCAUCCCCGGUAGUAUCUGUUGUCAAAGGUGUCACAUAUGGACUCGUCGAUCUCACUGAGCGACCAGAUAUCUUCGCCAAUAUUGUGCCCGGUGGAAGCCCGAAUCUUGAUCUUGAUGAGGGUUGGACACCGUCCUUCACGGGGAUUAUGUAUCACCGGCGUCUUGGCUCUCGCGUGGAGGGUGAUUUGGUGAUUUGGGAUCUCCGUGUACGUAUGAUCGCGAUUGGUUUAGAGGACCCUGCGUGUGGGAGUGGGGGGAGCUCUCUGGGAGCUUACCUUGCGCUGUCAAAUAGCCAGAAGGGCCGAAGUCACCGGUUCUAUAUUGACCAAGGAAUUGAGAUGGGGAGGGAUAGUCGUCUCAUUGUCGAUGUGCUCUUAGAUGAGGAUGGGAAGAAAGUCUCUAGUAUCAAACUUGCUGGUCAUGCCGCGUUUGUGGCGGAAGGGAACAUCUUUGUUGAAUGA